AUGAGCUCUUCGUCUUCCUCCUCCUCUUCUUCUUCUUCUUCUCGCAGUAAAUCUAUAGAUUCAGGAUUUGUAAUCGGACAAAAGGAAGUAACAAGAAUCUUGAUACUGUUUCUUGGUUUAACUGCUUCAUGUCUUGUUUUAUACAAAGCAGCUUAUCCUCUGCAACGACUUGAUGUCACCAAUCUAAACUCUCUUCUUGCUUCUCCAUCUUCACCAUUACCAAAUCUCAACUCAAUAGAGAUCACUCCAGAAACAGCAAAACCAAAGCUUAGUUUCAAGGAGAUUUUGGAGAAAGCGUCGAACAAGAACAGGACAGUGAUUGUAACGACAUUGAACCAAGCUUGGGCAGAACCAAACUCUCUGUUUGAUCUUUUCUUAGAGAGUUUUCGUAUAGGACAAGGAACACAACGAUUGCUGAAACAUGUUGUAGUUGUUUGCUUGGAUCCCAAGGCGUUUAAGCGGUGCUCGGAGCUUCAUACUAAUUGUUACCACAUUGAAACCUCAGAAACUGAUUUCUCCGGUGAGAAAGUUUACAACACUCCUGAUUAUCUCAAGAUGAUGUGGCGCAGAAUCGAACUUCUUACUCAAGUUCUUGAAAUGGGUUUUAACUUCAUCUUCACGGACGCUGAUAUAAUGUGGCUUAGAGAUCCAUUUCCUAGGCUAUAUCCAGAUGGAGAUUUUCAAAUGGCAUGUGACAGAUUCUUUGGAGAUCCUUUAGAUUCAAACAAUUGGGUCAACGGUGGUUUCACAUACGUAAGAUCAAACAACCGAAGCAUCGAGUUUUACAAAUUCUGGCACAAAUCUCGUUUGGAUUAUCCAGAGUUACAUGAUCAAGAUGUGUUCAACAGGAUCAAACAUAUGCCUUUGGUCUCUGAGAUUGGGAUCCAAAUGAGAUUCUUUGAUACGGUUUACUUUGGUGGGUUUUGUCAAACGAGUAGAGACAUAAACUUGGUUUGCACGAUGCAUGCUAAUUGUUGUAUUGGUUUGGAGAAGAAGCUUCAUGAUCUGAAUCUUGUUCUUGAUGAUUGGAGAAAGUACUUGUCUUUGUCGGAACCAGUGCAGAACACGACGUGGAGUGUUCCUAUGAAGUGUUUGGAGGAUUGAUUAAUUAGCUUUCUUUCUUCUUUGUUUUUUGAGAUUUGGAUGAACGGUCAAUUUUAAAAUGAAGAGUUUAUUCUUA